GCCCACAACCCUGGCACGCGAGGCGGGGCGCCCCGCACCAGGAGCACUGCGGGGCCGGGCCUCCAGGGAAGGGACGUACCCCACACAGAGCAGCCGGCAGAGUGGGAGGGUCCCCCCAGCCCUCAGCCCCGCCCCGGGAGCAUCUACGAUUGGAGCAACCCAGCCCUGGAGCACUCGACGGGACCCAGCACUGGCCUCUCCAGCACUGCCGGCUCCCGGGACCACGGCCCACCCGCCGCCAGACGCGUUUUCCUUUUUCUCCUUUUUUUUUUCUUUUUUCUCCAACCUUCUCUGGCUGCCUUGUAUCCUUAAUCGCACUUGCUGCCCCUCUCUUUCCCUUCGUGUUUCACAGUGCUGGGGAGGCGGAGAUUGAAGUUUCUCAUCUGCUUUUUGAACUCCUGCUUCCGUCGCCGUCGGCCGUCGCCGAGGCCACCAGGGUGGCGGAGGGAAGGCCGCCCCCGCGCCAGUCUCGGGGACUCCCCUCUGAAGGUGCCUCCUGGAGCUAGAGCCCUGAGCAUGCUGCACUGCAGGAGACCUUGAAAAUUAACAAAAACCAAAACCAAGAAAAAAACCAGCAGUGCCUUUUAUGAGUCUGUGUCAACCUUCACCAGAGGAAAUAAUACUUUUCAUUCUACCCAAGAGAGACCACUGGAAACGGAAUCCUAAAUAUGCAUCAUAUAGAACUGCUCUUGGCACUUUUGGCGCUUAUGUUUACAAGCACCUCAGAAAUCUGUAUUUCACGUCAUAACAUCUCUGCAAUUGAAGGGGAACUUUUCUAUCUGAAAUACUGCUCAUCAGCCUCUGAGCACAAUAAUGAAACAGCCACUAUCAAGUGGUACAAGAACAAUGAAUCACAUGGAUGCAUUGAGCUAAACUCAAGCAGUUCACCCAGAAUUACUUUGCGUGAUUCUGUUUUGGAGUUUUGGCCAGUUGAGUUGGAGGACAGUGGAUCUUACAUUUUCCAAAUGGGAAAUGAUACUCAUAAAUGGAAAUUAAAUGUCAUUGGAAGAAGUAAACACAACUGUUAUUCUGAAAAACUAAUAAUUAGUAAAACUGUAGAAGUUCAGAAAUCUUUGCCUGUAGCCUGUAAACAUGACUACUAUCAACCAUUGGUCAAUAGAACAGCAUUGUAUAAGAACUGUGUAAAGAUAAAGGAGGGCAAAACCCCAGGUUUAAAGAAGAAUGCAGAGUUUGCAGAUCAGGGAUAUUACACCUGUGUGUUUUUCAUCCCUCAUAAUGGAAGACUAUUUAAUGCCACCAAAACCAUCAAUGUCACCAUCGUUGGAGAUCGCAGUAAAAUAAUUCCUGUUCUUCUUGGACCAAAGCUUAACCGUGUGAAGGUGGAAUUAGGAAAAGAUGUAGAACUCAAUUGCUCUGCUUUGGCGAAUGAAAGGGAUCUUAUUUAUUGGAACUUGUGGGACGAAAAUGGAAAGGAGCCCAAUGUACAUGAGGAGAAGGUAACAAAAAUUAGGACUCCAGAAGGCAAAUUGUAUGUGUCAAGAAUGUUGGGAAUUAAGAAUAUUAAUGAGAAAAAUCUAAAAUUUUCGUAUAAUUGCACUGUGGUCAGCGAGGGAGGCACAGACACCAUAAACUUUGUCUUGUUGAAAAAAGAAGAUAUGGAUGACAUUCCAGGCCACAUCUUCACCAGAGGAAUGAUUGUGGCUGUUUCAGUCUUGGUGGUAGUUGUGUGCCUAGUGAUAAUGGGUGUCAUUUAUAGAGUUGACUUGGUUCUAUUUUACAGACAUUUCAUGAGAAAAGAUGAAACACUAACAGAUGGGAAAACAUAUGAUGCUUUUGUGUCUUACCUAAAAGACUGUGGACCCGAGAAUGGAGAGGAGCACACCUUUGCUGUGGAGAUUUUGCCCAGGGUGUUGGAGAAACACUUUGGGUAUAAAUUAUGCAUAUAUGAAAGGGAUGUGGUGCCUGGAGGAGCUGUUGUUGAUGAAAUCCACUCGUUAAUAGAAAAAAGCAGAAGACUGAUCAUUGUCCUAAGUCAAAGCUACAUGUCCAAUGAAGUCAGGUAUGAACUUGAAAGUGGACUCCAUGAGGCUCUGGUAGAAAGGAAAAUUAAAAUCAUCCUAAUUGAAUUUACACCUGUCAGUGACUUCACGUUCUUCCCCCAAUCACUAAAGCUUUUGAAAUCUCACAGAGUUCUCAAGUGGAACGCUGAUAAACCUCUGUCAUAUAACUCAAGGUUCUGGAAAAAUCUUCUUUACCUGAUGCCUGCAAAAAUGGUCAAGCCUUGUGGAGCUGAGUCUGAAGUCUUGCCUGUUCUUUCACAGUCCUGAUCUUUAGAAAAGCCGAAUGUAAGAAAGGCCUCUUGAUGCUCUGGGCCCGGGAGGGGAGGAGCCUGUUUUUAACAAAGGGCCCUAUUACAAAUGUUUGACUCUGAAAAUUCUGCUGGUAGUUUGAAGAUGGAAGUCGUCACUGGGUUGCCAGGGAUAGGACUAAACACUGAGCUGUGGUCAUGUGCUCCCAGUGGAACCCGGAAUUCAAAAGCAAUCAGUGUACCUUCUCUGUUUCUUCCGCCUCCGUAACUGGAUACAGAUGCUCAUUCUCAAUCCAUAUUCAACAACUGUGAGGCUGGGCACGAAGCAAAGUAAUGUAUGCUCUACAAAAAGCGCACAUCUUCACAGUUUUAAUGCCCAUGAUUGAACUAAAGGAUUUUAUGUUCAUGAAGUGGCAUUUUCUACGAGCCUGUAGUGACAUAGUAACUGAAAUGGUGCCUUCACUCCCCCACAAUGCCUCCUCCCUCUAAGCACCAUGGAUAGUCCCUGGGAUGUGGCAGAGAGCAGGCAGGGGGCUGUGUGCAGAGGAGGGGCCAAGGCGUGACAAGUCCUCAGCCUCGGGCCAUGUUCAGUGUGUCCUGACCACAGCAGCAGACCCACAGUUAUCAAAACCCCCCUAAAGCACUGCACAGGGCUUGCUUAAUUGGGCCUGUUUGGAGGGAACUCCCCCAUAGGCUGAGGCACACAUUUUCAUUUAAAUCAUUCUCUGGGUCUUUCAAAACUGCUCUAAAGCAUUUGUUAAUUUAACAAACAGGAAUGUUUAUGCACAGGAUGGGUGCCAGGUCAGAUUUUCCAUAUGUGCCAUUAGCCACUGUUAUGCAUUAGCCACAGUGGGGGAGUUGGGGGGGGGGGCAGGCAUGAAACUUGACAUUGGGAGACGUGUAUCUGUCUCCUUCAAGUGAGCUCAGUCCUGUGUGCCUUGUCGGGAUGAGCGCUGGGUGUUAUAUGGAAACCAACUUGACAAUAAAUUCUAAAAGAAAAAGUAUAAAAGAAAGAAAAACUGCUACAUUGUCACUAAAUGUCACAGGGAAAAGGAAAACAAGUGUCUAAAUCACUGGGCAUUCUUCUUGUAAAAGAGCAGAAUGUUUUCUGAAAAGAUCUGUUUCAUUUUCAGUCCUAACAUGACUUGGAGUGGUGAAAAAUUAAUAAAUGAUAACUAAACUUAAUGAGGAUACUAGAAUCAAUUUUAAAUUGAAUUAUUGAAAAAAAACCCCAAAAAACCCCAGCUGUGGUAGAUAUUGCUAAAAAGAAAAAAAAAAUGAGAUUUUCAGUGUUAGAAAGCAAUUUGCUUUUUUGGAGGACUUAAAACUUUGCGUUCUAGUCAGAUGGCUAAAAAAGUAAAAGAAUCUAAUUGUGUGUGAAAACAUACAGUCACGAGAAAUUUUAUUGCUAUCAUCAGAGUCUCCACUAUGUAGACUUAUUUUGCUUUGCUUUUCUAUUAUGUGUGCUGUAAAAUAUAUUGUGUUAUUAUUAAGUUUUGUAUUAAAUGUGUUAAAUGAGUACAUUAAAUAUAUGUUCUAAAAGACAUUAAAAGAA